CGAGAUUAUUACCCCUAGAGGUAGCAAUCACUCAUGUUGUACGAGUCUUAUGAGAGGGUAAGGUAGCAACGAAAGGUAGGAGGCUGAGAAAUAUUGGGACCGAUGAGACCGGUGAGACCUUAGAGUAGCCAUUCUCUCUAGGCUGCUGGCUGGACGUCUUUUGGUCAACUCAAGUUGCCAUGGUUUUUUUUGCUAUACGCAUGACCAACGGUUGACUACCUUAGGUAGUGCUGAGGUUGUCAGAAUGCAUUGCAAGAGGUUGUCAGAAUGCAUUGCAACAGUUUGAUGAGGGGGAGGUAGCAAUGAAAGGAAUACGGCGAGAAGGAACGAACCGAGGAGGUCGCGGAAGACCGAUCAUGGACUGGAUAGAUGUAUAAAAGGUUGGGACGACCGACGAGUGUUGCGAUCUUGUCCAAGCCAAACAAUCAUCACUCCCUCCAAACCGAGUUCCUAGGUCACACCACCCUUUGAUCCCAAAGAAAGAAGCAAAAAUGGUCCACCUCGCCCUCGUCUCCCUCGCGGCCAUGAGCCUCCUCACUCUCGUCACCGCGGCUCCCGCGGCCACCACCGAACCCGUCUUCUCCUUCGCCAAGUGGGUCGACGACGUGAUCGCCAACCCGGAGACUGCCCUCGGGCCGGAGGAGGCGUGGCAGGCCUACCUCGACACUGCCAAUUUUACUUCCGUCCCCGUUGCUGCCAAUGGUGGCGCCCAAAAGCGAUGGGAUCCCGAAGUGUCAUGCGACACCUAUGAGCCCGGUCCGGCAUAUGCUCCCGACGCCGUGUGGUGCAUCAAUUACCUCGCCGGCAAAGGCUCUACCCAAUGUGUCGUUGGAACUGCCACUGCUAUGUGCGUCCAUGGAAGGGCCCAGAUCACGGGCGUUUCCGGGGUGAGCAGUCACACUCAGCAGAGUACUUGCCAAGCAGUUGCCCAGACUGCCGGUCUCAUCAUGGACACUUGCACCAAGAACAAUUAUGUAGAAGGUCAGCGCCUCAACGUCCAAGCUGGCGUACAGAUGGCCGUGCACAUCAGGGCUCCUGGGCUGUAAGCAGGUAUUUAUGGGUACCUUAUGGAUGAGUGUUGGUACCGAGUUUGUCAGGGUGGCGAUUUACCUGGGUGACUGGGGUAUGUAGUGGUAGGUAGGAAUCUAGCCGAUGUAAGUAUUGAAUAUCGAUGGCAAGAGAGGAAAAAAUUGGGGGUGACGGAGAGUUCUCUUCUCAUACUCGCCUUUGUAUAUCCAG